UACGUCAUUUCCUGUUUAAAAAUGGCUGCGCCCUGAGAAAUGUCACAUUAUUCUCUCUUCUGCUGAAAAUACAGGCUCAAUACACCGUCGCUGUGCUGAGAAUCAAUAACAGCGGACAUCAGUGACAUUUUAAGUUACUUCGGUGCACUUUCUCUGAGGACACAUCAGCGGACAGCAUGGUGCAUUUAUCAUCACUCCUCUUGAAGACGUACCAUGGGGGUUUUGUUGUCAUCCGACUGGCACUCGCGGGCCACAAACAAGCUAACAGACCCUUUUAUCGCAUUGUGGCAGCUUACAAUAAAAGAGCAAGAGAUAGUAAAUACAUAGAGCAGCUGGGUACCUACGACCCGCUUCCUAAUGCCUACAAUGAGAAACUUGUCAGUUUCAACUUUGACCGGAUCAAGUACUGGAUCGGUUGUGGUGCACACACUACAAAACCAGUGGCCAAACUUCUAGGGUUGGCAGGAUUUUUCCCUCUGCAUCCCAUGAUGAUAACCGAAGCAGAGCGUCGACGAGCCCAGAUGGAGCAGGCAGAAACCGGGGCAGAUGAUUCCCAGGAAGGGGAGAAGCAGCCUGAAGAGAGUUAAAAGCUGAGGACUGUGACACUUCCUUGAACUGGACAGUUAAAUAGUUACUUGGAGAAUGAUCUGAUUGAUCCAUGUCUAUUUACUUUGUGGGUAGACUUCUCAUACCAUCUUAAGUUUUAGUUUUUUGAAGAAUGCCUAUUAGCAUUCUGAUGCUUAUACACAGCACCAUGUUAUUGCAUUUGUUUGGGUUUAAAUUGUAAGUUGUUUAAUACCUUCUAAGAUCUUUAUGGAAGACCAGCACCAACAGUACUUUUUUUAUUUUUAUUAAAUGAAAUAAACUAUGUUUUGUUUCCUUUGAAACUGGCUCAUGACCUAUAAAAUAACCCCACCUUC